GUAGGGGAGUUCGUGGAUGUGCAUGGCAUCGAGGAUAGCAUCGUGCGUUGCAACCGCUGCUGUCGCACGGCAAAGGAGUGCAACUACAGGAUCAGGGCGAAGGGCCAGUCGACUUACCAGUGCGACGCGUGCAACACGAACGGGGUGCGCCUUUCUCGGAGGUUCGGACAGUGGCCGCCAAAGUGUUUCGCCAAAAUGAAGAGUGAGUUCAAGCAGCAGUUCUACAAGGAUCUGGCAGAAGAUCCUGGGCUGUCGAACCUCGAUCGCAUUGAAGCCUUCGUGGUCAGCUCAAUCACUGUCCAACGGAUGGAGGAGGAGCGCGUCCGCAAGGGUGGCAAGUACCUUCCGCUGAGGAAGUGGGCGCACGACGGCUUCGACGCGAAAAAGAUUGAAGAUAAUGUGCAGGAUAAGAGGUGGAACCCUGAUCUCGGGGAGUGGACGUACAGGCCGCAAUUGGAGGCGGCCUGGAGCGAGACAGUGGAGGCCGCAGUGCGCAACGAGCUGUACACCGAUAAGAGGACGCAGGCGAAGCAGAGCGGCCCGCGGGCAGCGGCCUCGACGGGCGUCGCAGAGCACGGCGGCGACAAGGGCGACAGAAGCGACGAGAGCGACAUGUCCAGAUCCAGGAGCCGCUCGCGCGGCGACCGCGACAGGAGCAAGAGCCGCCGCAAGGGCAGGAGCAAGAGCCGCGGCAAGAGCAAGGACAGGAGCAAGAGCAGGGAUAAGGACGCUGAGAAGGAGCGGAGGCGACAGGAAGCGAGGGAGAAGGCCGAGCAGGCCAAGAAGGAGACGCAGGAGAAAAACCUGGCGCUGAAGUGGAUCGGCACCGCAACGAGGCUCGAGACAGAGCUGGACGGGUACCUCGAGCAUGAGAAGGCGGACAAGGUGCCGUCAUGGGCUGUGAAGAACGCGAAGGCGGCGAGGAAGUCUGUGGCAGUCAUGAAGGCGGUGGCGCAGAAGCGCGCGCACAGCGGCGUGGCGUUGACGAUCACGCAGGACGAGGCCAUCAGCAUCCAGAAGGAUGCGAGCUCGGCGGCGAGGGCCAUCGCGGGGAUGCUCAAGGAGGCGCAGAAGCACAGCACCUGA